AUGGCAGACACAUCAGUUGCGGAGCCUUCGGUGCCCGUAUCCAACACCGAAGAGACAAUCGCGACAACGACCGAUGUCGCAGAGACCACACAAGGAGAUCAGCAGGUUCAGCCGACCAGAAAAACAAAGAUUGUCAGACGCAAAAAGAGGCCAGCGCGCAUUCAAGUUGACCAGGCCACUAUGAAGUCUGAACCUCAAGCUCAACCCGGCACAGAUUAUAAUAUUUGGUACAACAAAGCCUCAGGGAACGACGACGACAAAUAUGGAUUGAAUCAGCCGGCUCCCGCGCGAGUGAAUAUAGCUCGCGACUCGGGUUAUACCCUGGCCGAUCGUGUGCCUGGGUCAUUUUUCUGCGUUCACUUUGCUCGAGGAGUUUGCUGCAAAGGUCAAUCGUGCGAAUACCUGCAUAGACUUCCCACCAUUCACGAUUUGUUCAAUCCAAAUGUCGACGCCUUCGGGAGAGACAAGCAUAGCGACUACAAGGAAGAUAUGAGCGGUGUUGGUUCAUUUAUGAGGCAAAAUCGUACGCUCUACGUUGGGCGAAUUCAUGUGACAGAUGAUAUCGAGGAGGUUGUCUCAAGGCAUUUCCAAGAGUUUGGACAAAUUGACCGCACCCGAGUACUUACCGGUCGUGGAGUUGCUUUCGUCACAUAUUCUUGUGAAGCGAAUGCCCAGUUUGCAAUGGAGGCAAUGAGUCGCCAGAGCUUAGAUCAUGAGGAGAUUAUCAACGUGCGCUGGGCAACAGUGGACCCAAACCCAUUGGCACAGAAGCGUGAGGCUCGUCGACUAGAGGAGCAAGCCGCCGAGGCCGUUCGUCGAGCCCUUCCUGCAGCCUUUGUAGCAGAAAUCGAAGGCCGGGACCCCGAAGCUAAGAAGCGGAAGAAGAUUGAGGGAAGCUUUGGCUUACAGGGCUAUGAUGUACCGGAUGAGGUGUGGCAUGCCAGAACCCGCCAAUUGGAGGAUAUGAACCAGGCCGCUCAAUUAGAGGCACCGGAACAGCCGUUGAUGAUUGAGCCUGCUGCGGCACCGGCGCAAGAGCAACAACCACAGAACAAUUCCAUCUUCUCAAGUUCUGCUCUUACAGCACUACGGGGACUGAACGGAACAGUGAAGACCCAGGCAGCUCCCAAAGCCGCUGGAGGCCCGCUCGUUGCCUACGGCAGCGACGAUGAGAGCGACUGA